GUCCGGCGGCCUUCAGCGCGGCGCUGCUGACUCUCCCCUCGGGCUGCAUGGCAUUCACACCGUCCUGCCGUCCACACAGAGCGGUGUAGAGGAUCAGGCCGGUCCGCAGGCAGCGCGGUGGUGCAGAGGUGGAGAUCCACCCCUUUGUCGCGUCGACUCUCGGUGUUUUAUGCCUGAUCUGUUCGCGUUGAGGCUGGGCGGAGGCGCUGCACGAUGAUCGAGAGACCCGAGUCCGCUGUUUCCAGCGUUGCGCAGAGGAAUCUGGAGGGAUAUGUGGGCUUUGCCAACCUGCCCAACCAGGUGUAUCGCAAAUCCGUCAAGAGGGGCUUCGAGUUCACACUCAUGGUGGUUGGUGAGUCUGGACUGGGUAAAUCUACACUCAUCAACUCGCUCUUCCUGACGGAUCUGUACUCUAAAGACUACCCUGGCCCCUCCCAGAGGAUCAAAAAGACAGUGCAGGUGGAGCAGUCCAAAGUGCUAAUUAAGGAGGGUGGCGUGCAGCUCACACUGACCAUUGUGGACACACCAGGGUUUGGCGAUGCCGUGGACAACAGCAACUGCUGGCAGCCAGUCAUCAACUACAUCGACAGCAAGUGUGAGGAUUUCCUGAAUGCUGAAUCGCGGGUGAACCGAAGACAAAUGCCAGAUAACCGGGUGCACUGCUGCCUGUACUUCAUCGCCCCCUCUGGCCAUGGUCUGAAGCCUCUGGACAUUGAGUUCAUGAAGCGUCUUCACGACAAAGUCAACGUCAUCCCCCUCAUCGCCAAGGCAGACACGCUAACACCAGAGGAGUGCCAGCUCUUCAAGAAACAGAUUAUGAAGGAGAUCCAGGAGCACAAGAUUAAGAUCUACGAGUUUCCGGACACAGAGGAGGACGAGGACAGUAAACUCAUCCGCAAGAUAAAGGAGCGGAUGCCUCUGGCUGUGGUCGGCAGCAACGUGGUGGUCGAAGUAAAUGGGCGGAAGGUCAGAGGCCGCCAGUACCCCUGGGGCGUGGCAGAAGAGGGCAUUUUUGUGGAGAACGGCGAGCACUGUGACUUUACUGUUCUGAGGAACAUGCUCAUCAGGACUCACAUGCAGGAUCUGAAGGAUGUGACCAACAACGUUCACUACGAGAACUACCGCAGCAAGAAGCUGGCCGCCGUCACCUGCAACGGAGUGGACACCAGCAAGAGCAAGGGUCAACUGACCAAGAGUCCUCUGGCUCAGAUGGAGGAGGAGCGGAGAGAGCAUGUGAUGAAGAUGAAGAAGAUGGAGACGGAGAUGGAGCAGGUGUUUGAGAUGAAGGUCAAAGAGAAGAAACAGAAACUGAAGGACUCCGAGGCAGAGCUGGAGCGACGGCAUGAGCAGAUGAAGCGAAACCUGGAGGCGCAGUAUAAAGAGCUGGAGGAGAAGAGGAGGCAGUUUGAGGAGGAGAAGGCCAACUGGGAGGCGCAGCAGCGCAUUCUGGAGCAGCAGAAACUCGACGCCUCCAAGACCAUGGAAAAGAUCAAGAAGAAAGGGAAAAUCUUUUAACGAGGCCAGAGUCCUUUCCUCCAGCGCAACGACAGAAACUCCUUUUUACAUCCCUUUUGAUGCUCGCAUGAUUUAUGACCUCUGGGUUUCUCUCUCACACACACACACACACACACACACACACACACACACACACACACACACACACACACACACACAGCUCAUCGUUUGCUCUCACAUUCCAUUAAAACAUUCCAAAAACACGUAGAAGUUUGUUUUUGUACGCUUAUGGCCACCUAACUCCAGUUAAUCAGUCUGCCCUCUUGUGGACAGUGGCUGCUACUGCCCUCCUGUCUGAGCGCAUGUGUAUUAGAUGGUAAUGACGAAGAGGAUAUUAAUAAAUGUCCCUCUGAUAACUAAAGGAAAACGAGCACUGCCGUACUAUCCUUGUGUCUGCUGAGGUCAGAACAGCCUCGUUUUCAAACGCCGCUAGUGUUUCAUUCAUGCAUUCGCACUCAUUGGUUAUGGAUGUUAUGCCACUCAUUCUUCCACGAGGGGAUGCUCAUAUGAAGAGGUGGUCUGAAUCAGUAGGUGGUGGAUGUGGCUGAGAAUGUCAGAAGUAGAGUCAAAGGGGCACUCCACAGGUUUUUCGAAAUUUCUGCAUGUGUAAAUCACCGAGGCGUGUAUCAGAGUUUCUUUACAGUGGCAGUGAUAGGAACCAGGGGGUCACCGCAUCAACAGCGCCGAAAUAGCCAUUUUAUUUGCUAUCAGAACCACCAGUGAACCUACUCGAGUCUUCUGAGCUUCAUAUGGAAUAUCGAUGAUGAUAAAAUAGUGGAAAAUCUGAACACCGCGUUUUCUUUGGGGAAUAUUUUGCCAUAAAACCCCAUGCAUGUAGCUCUUCAUCAUGAAUGGAUUUUAAAGAUUUCACCCUAAAAGCUUUUUUGAAACAUGAGGCCGCCUUUUCAUGUGAUGCCUUUCUGUGAGGCAUUAAAAUGUACAGACGCCUGGUUCCUAUCACCAUCACUGUGAACAAUUCUGACUUUGUAAAUGUUCUAGAAAGGAGAAAAAUUGAAAAAAUGCGGUGUCAGACAGUGUAAGGCAGAGUAAUUUCAUUUCCAGACAGGAGCGGAGUGGGACUACGGCUUAAGAACGUGUGUUUGAUGGUUUACUGAACGUCAUAUGAGAAUUUGUUAGAUUGCUGAUGAGAUAAUGUUGGGGUGCUGUUGGGGUAUGGGUGGGUGUGGGUGUGUGUGUGUGUGUGGGUGGGUGUGGGUGUGAGUGUUUCACUUUAAUGGGGUCAUAGAUAACAUCUGAGAUCCGCUCCAUGUAACACGUUUCUGUACAGCUCCAGCUGGUCUGACUAAACUGUAAUAAACGCUGGAUCAUAUGUAUUCAGAUAAUAUUGUCCCUAUAAUACAGUGUUAAUAAGCCGGUGGCCUGAGUGUCAAAAUGUACUCAAUGAUUGAUGAUGACUGAUGUGGAUGGUUGUGUUGACAGUAAUGUUGAUACUUAUGUGACGGCUCAAUUUGCCCUAUUUCAGUUGCAGAACGCCACCAACCGAAAGGGCAGUUUUGUUUGUGGGAUUUUUUUUUUUUUCCUUUGUUUGUGGAGUGACGAAAUUGAUCCCCCAUGACCCUCACUGCUGUGGGCAGAGCUUCUUCUCCAGGUUCUUCUCAUGUGAAAGGAAACCUACCUUGUACAGACAUUGGCCGUUUUAUCAGAAACACCAUAUUUUGUAAGUAUCUGCACUAAAAAAUGUGACUUCUUAAAUUUACUUGAUUCAAACAUUUAAAUCAAAUAAAUGCAGUGCAGCACUUUUUCAGUGCAGUUACUGACAGUAGCCCAUGUGUUGCUAUACACACCCUACACGGCCGUAGUGUGGUACGAGUGUAUCGAGUGCAGCAGUGUUACUGUUAUCGAUAAAAGCUGCAUACAAGUUUGCAGAGGAUCUGAUCCUGGAUCAGUCUGUGUGACUGCCUUUAAAUCAGUAUAAGGAGCUGAAGUCCAUCCUGCUCUUUGAAAGCUCAAUGUCCAAAUACAGGAAUGCUGUACUUUAGUAACUCGCCAUGUCCUACAUGUGGACAAUUAAGCUCCUUUUGUUUCUAUGAGGCUCACUAAUAGGAUCUAAGGCUAGACUAUAACAGGCCAGAGAGAACACACUGAGCAACACAUACAAAACCACUAACCUCAGCUCUUCACCUGCGUUUGAGAAAAUAAAUCAUCAGCAUGGUUUUCUACACAUCUGUGACCUUCGUAAGUAAAAGUGUCACACCUGAAAACACACACACACACACAGAGUCGUCCACUAUGCAAGCUCAAACACUUCCGUUCUUCCGACUGUGGAUAGUAAACUCCUCAUACUCAGAACCAACACAGUUAGUGCUCUGAAAUCAUGCGCUGCGCAAAAGCUCUCAGUAAAGCAGGACUCCGAGUCAACCUUUCGCUAUAGUCCUCUAAACAUUCCUUACCAUUCCCAAACGUCUCCCUAACCAUUCCCAAACCUUUCUGUAGCCAUUCCCAAACCUUUCCCUAACUGUUCCCAAACGUAUCUUUGGUCCAGUGUUUCUCAACCCGGUCCUCAGCUCUCCCCAGACAGCCCACCUUUUUCUUUUAUCCCUCUGUGCUGCAAGUUUGGUUGGAUCAAAAGUGUGGACCAUCUGGGAGCUCUGAACCGGUUGGGAAGGCACUGGUCUAACCAUUCCCAGACCUACCUCUGAACAUUCCAAGACCCAAGAAUUUUCCCUAACCAUUCCCAAACCUCUCCCCAACCAUUCCCAGCUUUUUUUUUAACACUUCCAAACCUUUCCCUUUAGCAAUUUAUAAACCUUUCACCUGCUUCGUAACGCUAGAGCCCAAAACCCGUCACCCCUAAUGUUUUUUACUUGUUUUUAUAUGUUCACAGCUUUCAAUGUAUUGAUUUUUCUUCAUGUUAUUAUUGUCUGUUCUGUCUACCUAACUGUACAUUAUUACUAUUAAAGAUGAAACGGUUAUGCUAAACACAA